CACACAAUGGGGGCUUACAAAUUCAUGCAAGAGCUUUACCGGCACAAGCAGUCGGAUGUUAUGCGUUACCUGCUCCGCAUGCGGUGCUGGGAAUAUCGGCAGACUAAGAAAGUCGUGCGCGUUACAAGGCCGUCACGACCGGACAGGGCAAGGCGUUUGGGCUACAAGGCUAAGCAAGGAUACGUCAUCUACAGGACUCGCGUCCGUCGUGGUGGUCGCAAACGCCCGGUUCCCAAGGGUGCGACCUACGGCAAGCCCACCAACGAGGGUGUUAACCAGUUAAAGCACCAGCGUUCCAUUCAAGCCACCGCCGAGACCCGAGUCGGCAAAAAAUGCGGAUCCCUACGUGUUUUGUCCUCCUACUGGGUUGGAGAAGACAGCACAUACAAAUUCUACGAAGUUAUCUGCAUUGAUCCUGCUCACCCGGCUAUCAGGCGUGACCCUGCCAUCCGCUGGAUUUGCAAGGCUAACCAGAAACAUCGUGAGGACCGCGGUCUUACCUCCGCUACUCACAAGUCGCGUGGCCUGGGCAAGGGUCACAAGUUCCACAAGACAAUUGGUGGAUCUCGCCGUGCUGCUUGGAAGCGCAAUAACCUUAUCAAGAUGCACAGAAAACGAUAA